GAUGAGAUCCCGACCCAAAUCUCUCUCGGAUUCGGGAUCCCGCAGCGAAAUCUCCCCUUCCAAUCUCCAUCAGCGCCGACUAAUGACACGCGAAAUGCACGCCAUCCUCGCCGGGAUCCCGCAGUCGCUCCGGCCCGCGGUGCUGAUCGCCUCGACGUGCGCGCUGCUGCUCCUCGCCACCGCCCUCCUGCUCCCCCGCGCCCCUCCUGCCCCGCCGCUGACCACCGGCCCCGCCUCGGACUCCGACGCCGCCGCCGCCGUCCGCCUCGACGCGCGCGUCACCCGGCGGAGCGGCAACGAGGUGCUGUGGCAGCUGCCGCACCCGUCGACCCCGCUGCGGGCCUCGCUGUUCGCCGCGCCCGGGUGCACCAUCCGCGCCACCGACUUCUUCGACGCCUCCCCGGGCUGCCCGCGCUGCGCGGGGCUCCCCGAAGAACGCCGCUUCACCCGCGCUGCUCUUUCCCGCGGGUACGCCGUCCUCGCCGUCUCCAGCCGCGCCGAGUGCUGGUCCCUCGACGCCGGCGGCGGGGAGGAGGGCAGCGAGCUCGCCGCUGUCGAGUCCAUCAUCAAGUGGUGGACCACGGAGGAGUUUCCCCAGCUCGCGGGCCUCCCGAUCGUCGGCAUCGGCGCGUCCUCGGGUGGGUACUUCCUCUCCGCGCUCGCGGCGAGGGUCAGGUUCAGCAGCGUCGUUGUCAUGAUCGCCGAGGGCGUGUACGGGGCCAUGGCCGACAUCCCGGCCGGGUACCCGCCGGCGCUGUUCGUGCACAUGCCCAAGGACGCCGAGAGGGCGGGGCUGGUGGCGGACAGCUUGGGCAAGCUCAAAGCAAAGCGCGUCGACGUGCGGGAGAUCCGGUGCGAUGAGUUCGCCGUGAGCGCGGAGUUCCUGGCGGAGAGGGUGCCGGGACUCACCCGCGCCGUCGCCGACGCGCUGGUGGACGUGCUGCGCCGGAAGUUAUUCGUGGAUGAGAAGGGGUUUCUGAAGAAGGACGGGAGGAGCACACCGUGGAAGAAGGCGGCGGAGGAGGCCAAGGUCUUGCCUGAGGGGUUCAAUCUGGAGAGGCAUGUCAACGAGGAGCUGAAUGUUGCCUAUGCAUACCAUGAGUUCACCAGCCUCAAGAAUACUGAGAUCUUCGAAUGGUUCGAGUCCCAUAUAUUAGGACUGAAGCCUGAAGGUAUGCCGCGGUGAACCGAGUAAUUGAGCAAAUCAAUGUCAUGGAAUUCUGCUGAUUGUUAGAAGAUGAAUGAAUUUUGACCAUUAUCCACAUAGCUGGAAAGCAAAAUCUUAUGUAAGACUUCUGCUCACAGCUUAUAUUGUACAGUGUCCACGUGUAGUUUCUGAUAUGUUUGUAUUUCUCUUUGCCACUGAUGUUCCUUGUAAGUGCAAAUUAUAGAAAGCAAGAAAAUGUGUUGAUUCAAGGAUUCCAGAUUUCUUUGGACUGUGCAUAGAUUGAUUGGCAUCUCAUGUUGUAGUGUCUGAAUCUUUGGUCUGAUCCAACCAAGUUAACAUAUUAAAGACCUCACUAUGCAGUGCAAUCACACAUUUCGUUGCUAACAAUCAUUAUAUUCAUCUGCAAAGUGUGCAUUGUGUCAGUUAACAGAGUUAUACGUACAGUCUGUCAUAAAAAUAACUUGGAAACGGAAUUAUCCCCAUGUGAAUCGAGAUAUGGAAUAGUUAGCUCUAAUGCACCCUGAACAAUUGUGCAAUCACAAUGCAAAUCUUCUCAAUUUUUUUUGCUAAUUUUUUAGGCGUCUUAGAUAAUCAAUUUAAUUCUGCACAAUAAUGCUGCAUAUACUAGAAUGUCUGUUAGAGGCUGAGAACCGUGCUGAUUAACAGCAAUUUAUCACAGGCAUAGAGUAGUAUCAAGAUGUUUGUUUGAGAUUUUUUUGCCUCUAGUACCUUGGUCCUGGGUUUGCUUUGAAAGGUGUUUUGAAGAAGAUAGAGCAAGGGCAUAAUAUAAUCAUUGAACAUGAGCACCACUGCUUCUGGGUGAAUGAACAUCCAAUAUUUUGCUGGAAAGGGGCCUGCCACCACUUAUCCUUACUAGAAAUUCGUCAACGUAUCUUAGAGGUGAUAUUACACAAGAAGCCAAAAAAAAAAGGAAAUUCGUGAAGGAGAAAAAUGAAGGGUAUUCAUUUAGACAGGAAAACAAUUUAGACAGGAAACAUCCUUGUCUAGUAGUGGUAUUCAUUUGCCUUCUUGAAGAUCCCAGCCUGGGCAGAAGCAGCACCGUCAGAGGUAAUGGCCACAACGAUGCAAUCCUUCACCUGCUGUGUGGUAAAAGGAAACUUCUUGUUCACGAUGGAGUUGAGGCAGUACCAAAAGUCUUGCCGAGGUUGCCAAGGGAUCCAACAACUGCAGUGAUCAUGUCUGGGUGGCUCUUCCAGUAGCUGCAAUUUUCAUGCCAAAAUGAUCAUGUUAAAAUUUUUCGCUCUUUGAUGUUUGAUACUUAUGAUGUUUACUCAUAUGGGCUCUUACUCGCAGGAUCCAGUGAAUCCGUGCUUUGGAAUUUCAGGGAUUCCAUAGGAAGGUGUACUUGGGGUACUUGGUGUAGAGCCGUAAGAUGGUGUCGGCGUUGUGCUGUAAUCGGGUGUUGGCGUUGGCUUGUACCCACCUCCUGUCCCGUACAUCGGAGUUGGGGAGCUACCAUCUGUAUAAUACAACAUUUCACAAUAUUGCAAAGUCUGAACUAUUACUACUACAAAGGACUGAUCAAAUAAAUAUGUUACACAAAAGGAGGGUCAGAGAAAAUACAGCUGGGAGCAGAUGAGUAGGUCUUCUGCUCAGACAACUCUGCCAGGCUCCUGCAUGAGCUCAGGCUGACGAGCCCCACUAGGACAGCACUGACAAGAAUAACCUUGGUGGCCAUCUUGCUCUCAACGUCUACAACAAGACUGAAUAUAUGGCUGAAGAACUGGUUGAAAAACUAGAGAUGCUUGAGUUGAUGAACUGAGUACCCUUCGGGCACAUAUAUAUACAUUCGAGUAGUGCUCUACAGUUCCAUUGAUGCUAUUGCAUACAUGUUCAUCAGACUGUUAGUAGUUGGCCAACAUUUAAUGAUCUUGGUUUGUCCAGCUUGUCAUGGCGGUGAUCUGCUUGCUCUUAACUAGCAAAGUGAAGAGCUUACACACUGAGAAUUUUAACCCAACUUCUUUUGUCCGAAAAUUUUGCACAGAGAGAGAGAGAGAGAAGAGGAAACUGAGGCUGUGGUAGCUUAGAGCUUCCCUGGACUUUGGACAGGUUUCUUUUGACAGAGAAUGAGGAUAUUUCCCCGUCCUGCAGAUUUAAUUGGAACCUCUGCCUGCCACCUACUCAGUUAACUAUACCUCGAGCUGGAUUCGACGAUCUGAUCCCUGAAUUGACAUACUGAAUCUGUUGAAGUUAUUGAUGGAAACAUGGGUUUGGAGUGCUUCUCUGGUCCAGCUGAAACACGGAAGGAUGUAACUAGUUUAUUCUGAAUAACUAUGGAGAAGCUGAAGGUAUUUUGGCCCAACUUAAAUGCACAGGAUUUUUCCAGAUUUCAUCACAAGUCUGAUAUCUUCACAGGCACAUCUGCAUCCAUCCAUCACAUCGCACCUGGUACCAUGUUUUUAGCCCCUGAAUGUGAUGCCGUCUGCCAUUUACAAAUUACAAGGGCCUCCUCUAUUUUUACAACAUCGUCGGACAUGUUACUGUAUUGCUAAUGAACUCAAAUGAGUGACUCGUGUGCAGCUCCCUUCGGAAUUACGACUAUGUGCUGACCUAAUAUGCAAAGUUCAGAAAUGAUCAUCAGUACAUUGGUCCAAUUUGCAAGGUCCCUCUCUUCGGAUGGAAACUUCAGAAACAUGAGGCGGACACGCUCACCUCUAACACCAGGUUGCCCUCCAAGGCUCCAAUCAAGGAGGUAGCACAAGAACGCCCCGAUCGAGGCCCAGCAGCUGUACUUGCACAGGAGGUGAUUGGCCCCGAUCGAGGAGAUUGAGAUGCCAUGUGAUCUCUCGUGGAUCUGCCGGCCGGAGCUUUACAGAGUUGGGACGGCCGGGCAGAUGGGAGCUUAGCUGCUGCACUGUGGCCGCCAUUUUUGAACUGUGCAGCUCCUUUGAUGAGCGGUGAUGCGCCGGGUCCUUCGAGAGAGCACAUGUUACUAGAGGAUGGUGGGAGUUUGUCGGUGGAAGGAGUCUCGCUGCUAUUAUGAGCCCAUUUUUGUAGCUGUGGCAUUGAAAGGGGGCAUCUAGUGCAAGUCGCAGAACUCGACAUAUAGUAGUGGGCAUUAUUUGGAUUCGGUGCAAAAGAAAAGAUUCACUGGAGCAUUUGGAUUUGGUGCACAAUACUGGGAUCCAAAUUCUAAAGACCUAUGGUUCAAAUCUGAACAAAAGUUGAAAAAAUUGAGAAAUUAAAUAAGUGCCAAGCAAAGAUACCAUGUGCAAGCAGGAACUGCUUUCUCUGAUUUAUAAAAUACAAGCCGCUUUUUAGA